GGAGGACGAUCAGUGGGAACGAACGCUGGAGCUCGCGAUUGCUGGCAGAAUCGUCGUGCUGUCUUGCGCCAUGGCUCACUUUUCUUGUCGCAGUGCAGAGGGCUGGGGCCCUGUAUCUCCAAAUCGUCAGUUUGAUCUCACGCCUUGCUUCGAGGAGGGCGCCAUUCAGAGCACCUUGCUUGUUUCACUCAUCGUUCUCGGUGCCUUUCGCUGCUGGUCUUUGCGGAGUUUGGAGAGCUACCCAAGAAUCAAAAGGAGUGUCUGGAUCCUCCGCACGAAACUCGCUUUACUUUCUAGUGCUUUGAUUGCCAGUACUGUCAAUUUGGUGUUCAUUCUAGCUACCCAAAGGCCGAUCGCUAUCGUCCAAGCGUACAUUCUUGAAGUUGUCGCACUCUUCGUUUCAUUGUUCCUGACAUACUUCAAUCACUAUCGCGCGCGCUCGUCCUCGUCACUACUUCUGCUAUUCUGGCCCGCAUACACAGCUUCGCUCAUUAUAUGGGCACGUACAAUUGCUACCAUCGCGUUCGAACAUCUCAAGGUCGUAUUCGCGUUGAAAUGUGCCGUAGUCGUCUUGGGGCUCGCAGCGUUCGCUCUGGAAUGUCUCGGCACUGAACUAAUUGCAAGCACCUCCAAUGAAAACCCUUUGCUUACCGCGAACAUUUAUAGCAGAUGGUUCUUCGGCUGGAUGGACCCGCUUAUGCAGAAGGGUGCGAAAGAGUACAUCACAGAGUCAGAUUUGCCCAGGCUACUGCCUGAAGACGAAGCGGCUCAACUCGGCCGCAAUCUGCAAGCUGCUCUCAAAAAGCGUAAAUCGUUAUGGCUAGCUCUAUUCACGGCAUACGGCGGCCCAUACAUGUUCGCCGGGUUCCUCAAGAUUGUGCAAGAUUGCCUGGCCUUUCUGCAACCCCAGCUCUUGCGCUGGCUUCUCGCCUACAUUUCCAUCUACCAAACUUCUCGCCUGUCCGAUCCAUCUAGGGCUCCAAGUCCGUUAGAAGGUUUUGCGAUCGCCAUACUGAUGUUCAUCGCCAGCAUCUCGCAAACAAUCAUCUUGCACCAAUACUUCCAGCGUUGUUUUGAGACUGGUAUGUGUGUGCGAGCAGGGUUGGUGACGACGAUCUAUCAGAAGUCCCUUGUGUUAUCGAAUGAUGGAAAAGGGAGCGCGAGCGGGGAUAUUGUGAAUCUCAUGAGCGUGGAUGCGACGCGGUUGCAGGAUCUGUGUACAUAUGGGUUGAUUGCGAUUUCCGGGCCAUUCCAGAUUAUAUUGGCGUUCAUUUCUCUGUACGGCAUCCUAGGCUGGCCAGCCUUCGUUGGUGUCGCAAUUAUGAUCAUUAGUAUCCCGAUGAACACCGUCAUGGCGAGGUGGUUGAAACGUAUGCAAGAACAGCAGAUGAAGAACAGGGAUCAGAGGACGAGAAUGAUGAGUGAGCUUUUGGCUAACAUCCGCAGUAUUAAGCUUUACGCGUGGGAGAACGCCUUCAUCAGGAAGAUUCUGGCGGUGAGGAACGAUAAAGAGUUAAGGUUGUUGAAGAAAAUCGGUAUCGUCACCUCGUUUAACACGGCUCUUUGGAUAGGUAUCCCACUACUGGUGGCAUUCGCCUCAUUCGCAAUAGCCUCUCUCACGUCCGACGAACCCCUUACCUCUGACAAGAUCUUCCCUGCGAUUUCGUUAUUCAUGCUACUGCAAUUCCCACUUGCCAUGUUCUCGCAAGUUACCUCAAACAUUAUCGAAGCCAUGGUCUCCGUCAAACGUCUAUCCGCUUUCUUCGGCGCGGACGAGUUACAACCAGAUGCUCGGAUCAUUAAGGAGAACAAGAAGUUGGAGUUGGGCGAUGAGGUAUUGACUAUCACCCAUGCAGACCUGGCGUGGACCAAGGACGCGCCUUCGCCUAUACUCGAAGAUAUCAGUCUAACGGUGCGAAGAGGGGAAUUGGUUGGUGUAUUAGGCCGAGUUGGAGCCGGCAAGACGAGCUUGUUGGGUGCAAUCAUUGGAGAGAUGACGAAGUUGGAUGGGCAGGUUAUCUUGCAUGGAAGUGUUUCAUAUGCUCCUCAAAAUCCUUGGAUCAUGAGUGCGACUAUACGCGAUAACAUUGUCUUCUCACAUGAAUAUGACGAGGUGUUCUACAAGCUCGUUCUCGACGCUUGCGCUCUGAGACCGGAUUUGGCGUUGAUGCCUCAGGGAGAUAUGACUGAAGUCGGAGAGAAAGGUUUUCAGUUGAGUGGUGGUCAACGGGCUAGGAUAUCAUUGGCUAGGGCUGUUUAUGCCAGACCGGACCUUGUUCUCUUAGAUGAUGUUCUCGCUGCAGUCGACUCUCAUGUUGCCCGUCAUGUUUUUGACCAAGUCAUUGGACCCUACGGUCUCCUCGCAACGAAAGCGCGUAUUCUUGUGACCAACAGCAUCGCUUUCGUGAGGCAGAUGGACCAAGUUGUUUACCUUCGUCGGGGUAUUGUAAUCGAACAAGGAACAUAUGAUCAACUGGUCAGUAACGAAGAAGGAGCAUUGUACAAGCUCAUCAAAGGACAUGGGAACCUGUCAAACUCUGGCAUCUCCACCCCUUUCACAGCGGUUGAUUCUUCGACACCAACCUCUGACACCGCCGUGGAAUCCUCCGCCGAACUCCCAGUUGACCAAAAACUCGAAUCCGUCACUGAAAAACUCCAACGCAAGCGUAGUUUCGGCAAAGCCAUCCUUGUGAGCACCCUGCUCACCCAGACCGUUUCCGAUGGUCCUACAAAGGAACAUAUCGAGCAAGGUCGAGUCAAGAAGGACGUCUACAUUCAGUACAUCCAAGCGGCUUCCAGGGCUGGUUUCAUAUUCUUUGUCGUCUUAACGGUUUUGAUCCAGUUGGCGAGUUUGGCAGCGAAUUAUACGUUAAGGGCGUGGGGAGAGCAUAAUCGGGAGGCUGGAAGUAAUAAGGGUGUUGGUUUGUAUCUGUUGGGAUAUGGAGUGUUCUCAUUGCUGUCCACUGUCCUCGGUGCGAUUUCGACUAUCGUGAUUUGGGUGUAUUGUGCGGUGAGAAGUUCACAGUAUCUGCAUGAUGCGAUGCUGCAUGCUGUGAUGCGUGCACCGAUGUCGUUUUUUGAGCAGACACCAACUGGACGGAUCCUGAACUUAUUCAGUAGAGAUAUCUAUGUUGUGGACGCUAUUCUUGCUAGGGUCAUCCAAAAUGUCGUCCGGACGUUCUUCGUGACCAUGAUGAUCAUCGCUGUCAUCGGAUUCAGUUUCCCACUCUUCUUGCUUGCUGUUCCACCUUUAGCUUGGUUCUACCUUCGUGUCAUGAUUUACUAUCUUGCCACCUCUCGAGAACUCAAACGUCUUGACGCAGUCUCCCGCUCACCCAUUUUCGCUUGGUUCUCUGAAUCUCUGAAUGGCCUAUCCACAAUUCGCGCUUUCUCACAACAAUCUGUCUUCAUCGAGAACGAAGAACGUCGCGUUGACCGAAACCAGAUCUGCUACCUGCCCAGUAUUUCCGUGAACCGAUGGUUGGCUGUCCGGCUGGAAUUGGUCGGAGCUACGAUCAUUUUCGUCGCAGCUGUGUUAGCAUUGAGUGCACUGGUGACGACGGGUGUGGACGCAGGAUUGGUUGGAUUUGUACUAUCAUAUGCUUUGAACACGACUGGUUCUCUGAACUGGCUUGUGCGCUCCGUGAGUGAAGUUGAGCAGAACAUUGUCAGUGUGGAGCGAAUUCUCCACUACGUGAACCUGCGGUCGGAAGCACCUGCUGAGAUUCCUGAUGCUAUUCCUGAGAAUUGGCCUUCCAAAGGCGAUGUUGAAUACCGCGAUUACACCACAAGGUACCGACCAGACUUGGACCCUUCCCUGAAGAAUAUCUCUAUCAAGAUUAACCACCGCGAAAAGAUCGGUAUUUGUGGCAGGACAGGAAGUGGAAAGUCAACAUUAUUGUUAUCCUUAUUCCGGAUAAUAGAACCUACGUCUGGAACAAUAUACGUUGACGGCGUGGACAUUACGAAGAUUGGUCUUCAUGAUUUGCGAUUUGCGAUUUCAAUUGUUCCGCAAAGCCCCGAUUUGUUCGAAGGUACCAUCAGAGAGAACAUCGAUCCCACAGGUGCUCACCAAGACGCUGAGAUAUGGGUUGCUCUCGAACAAUCUCAUCUUAAGCAAUAUAUCGAAUCCCUUCCCGGUGGACUUGAUGCACCUGUUAGAGAAGGUGGUUCAUCAAUGUCUUCUGGUCAAAGACAACUGAUAUGUUUUGCGCGGGCCCUCUUGCGCAAGACCAAAAUUCUCGUUCUGGAUGAAGCUACAUCUGCUGUCGAUCUUGACACUGAUCGAGCCAUUCAAGAUAUCAUUCGUGGCCCGCAGUUUGCGGAGGUCACCAUGCUUACUAUCGCGCAUCGACUUAAUACUAUCCUGGAGUCAGACCGCGUACUCGUUCUUGAAGCCGGAAGGGUGGUUGAGUUUGACUCGCCAAAAAGUCUGCUGGCUUCUCAGUCAAGCGCGUUUUAUUCGCUUGCAUCGGAAGCUGGCUUAGCAUAAAUGCCUAGAGCGUAAAGCAAUCAUUACAUAAAGUACCGACGCUCAGUUGUUGAAUUCAGUCAUGACUUUUGCUGUCGUUGUCUAGAGAAUCUGAGGAGAACUUAACUCAGUUCCCGGUUAUGGUGCGAAG